GCCAUUCGGUUUCAGUAUACGUAAACGAACGAUUCAUUUUUCAGUAACUGAAAAUCCUCCGAAAAGCGUAUAUAUAGUUGGAAAACCAUCACGAACAUUGUGACGUAAAUGGAGUUUUAUCCAAUGAAGUAUCAGCUCGGAUAUUGAUCAAUCGAAAAAAUGGCUGAAUUGUGAAAACAUAUGGAGAAAACCGUAUACAUAUUAACAACAUGAAAUUCAGCUUCAUAUGCAUUGUCAGUUUAAUAUCAUGUAGUGUUUGUGAAUCAAACGAUAUCGACGUUUAUUCCGGUCUGGAUUUCGAUUUCGAUGUGCCCAAAGAAGACUCUCAAAUAGAAGAUUACAAAAUUCCUGAAUUUAAUCGAUUAGGUUAUCUUUACCAAAUUAAAAAAAAAUUAGAUUAUUUGGAACCAGAGUUACCUAGAGAAUAUGAUGUAAAUUCAGUUCCAGAUAAACAUCGUCGAUAUCAAGAAGUCAUUGAUUGGCAAAGGUCUGAAUUACAUAAGCACCGUCCAUCUCGUGAACAUCAUGUAAAUCCAAAAUUACAAUUCAUUCUGCAUAAUCUCGCUAAAUCUGAAAAUUUUGACUUGGACAUACCCCCUUUGCAGCUUCCUGAGGAUGCCCGGAUGUAUCCACCAGAUGUAGACGACGGCUUAACAUUUGAUUACGAUAAAGACGAAGAUGUCUAUGAUAGUCAAAGGCUACUCGAAAAGAAGCUAUUAAAUGAAGAAUAUAGAGAUAAUGAAAGACUGUUAUUGGAUAAUAAACCUCCAGUUAAUGAUGAGCAUUCACACACGUCUUCUCAAGAUAUCAGCUUGGACGAUAUACGUGACCGGCAAGUUCCUACAAUUAGAUAUGGUUACGUUAAAUUAGCAGAAAAUCCUUCAGAAUUUGCUUAUCCUCCAUCGGAUCCUAGAUUUUUCAGAAAUGUGGAAGAUACCAUACAACAAAUUAUAGAAACAACUACAGAGGAGGAAAAAUCUUCAGAAUCGACUAAGGUAGUUCCAUCGGAAGUAUUCUUGGUGAAUUUGAGAAGCGACAAAGUAACUCCAGCAAAUAGUCUACAAACAAAUGAAGAUGGAAAAGAUGGAAUAAGAGUGGUUCCUCUUAAACCUACAAUGGAAGAUGGAAAUACAGCUGGUGUUUAUAUAAUCGCCGUAGUAGCUGGAAUCAGUGCAGCUGCCACUGUAGGACUUAUUGCAGUCGGCAUUGGAUGGUACAAUUUACAGAAACAUGUCAAAAAUGCUUCCGACGUUGAAUAUCCAGCUUACGGUGUAACCGGACCAAAUAAAGACAUUUCUCCAUCGGGAGAUCGACGUCUGGCACAAUCUGCUCAAAUGUACCAUUAUCAACAUCAAAAACAACAAAUUAUCGCCAUGGAAAGAGCUCCUCCAGGAGAACGUCACGGCUCUGCAUCUGAAGCUGAGAGCGACGAAGAAAACGAAGAGGGUGAUUACACUGUAUACGAAUGUCCAGGUCUCGCUCCCACUGGUGAAAUGGAAGUGAAAAAUCCCCUCUUUCAAGACGAUCCCACCCCCGCACAAACUCCCGCAACUAAAGUUGACGACGAAAAAGAUAACGAAAUUAUUAAAAAGUAGACCAACAACUAUAUCAAUGUUUAUGUUAUUAUUAUAUAAUUUAUUACCACAUUUGGAAAGUCUAUCAUCAGUUAACAUGUUUUAGGAAGUGAUAAAAAUUCUUAAUAGAGAAUAUUUAUUUAUGAAAGUAUUUAAUUAAAUAGUCAGGAGGAUGCAAUAACAGGGCAAAUCUUUCGAAACUAUUGAUUUUAUGUUGAUAAACGCAUGGCUGGAAUUAGGUAACAUAAGAUUUGUGGAGAAUUAUAUUUCACCUUCCAGUAAAUUGAAGAAUAGUUCAAAUUCCAAAUUAUCAUCUAUAAUUUUAACACAAUUUAAAUUAUAUGGAUUACCUGUUUUUUGGUAUUCAACUCUCACAUUUAUAACUUUGCUCCACUUACUCUUCCAUUAGAUACAGAUUUUCACAAUAUUUUAUGACACUAUUUCACACGUUUUAUGAAUAAUAUUAUAAGGAUUCGUUUAUUGUUGCACCUCUUGACAAGAAAUGUCCUCCCAAUUAUGAAAUUAUAUGUAAUAGUCUGCCAUAAUAUCGCUGUAAGUACCUCCAUUCUUAGAUAAGUAUAAAACACCAAAAAAAAAUGAAAUUUAUGUCAAAACUCCCAUUUAUGUAAAACGUGUAAUCAAAAUAAAUUAUAUGGAAGCAUGUCAACUGUGUUGUUUUAUUUACUCCCAUAUAAUUUAUUUUGAAUUUUAGUAUUCCUACUUCAAUCCAAUUUCAGCAAAAUAAAUUGGAAAACAAUGAAUAAAGAGUUUUGAUCAAAUUGAAAUGAUUUUUGCUAAAACUGAAAGUUUAACUAAACCGUGAUAUUGCAAAUUAUUGUCCAAUUUCAUAUCUUUGGAACAAAACAUCAAAAUAAAUAGUGAAUUUUGGAAAACGAUGUCUCUUUUAAGCGGCAUUGAAAAUACCUAUUGAAUGAUGCCAAUAUUGUAUUGUAUUGUUUUUCUUAUUUAUUUCUAACGGUGGGGUAAAUUUAUACGCACUGUCUCUUACUUACUUACCACUAUUCUUAUUAUUUAAAUUUAAAUUCAAUGAUCACUACUUACUAUUUCGUUCAUAAUAACUUAGAAUUGUGCUAAACAAGCAGGAAUUUAUAACAAAAAUAAAUUUCUACAAUUCUAGGAAGUAAACAAACAAAUAAUUAAUUAAAUCAUAUCAAAAGCAAUAUAAACUUAUCGCCUCUGAGAUAAAAACAUGUAAACAAGGCAAUAUCAAAGAAACCGUGAAUUUGCCAAAAUUAAGACACUUAUUAUAACCGAACAGGAUGUAUGUGUAUGUACUUCACAUUCUAGUACCAUUCAAUGGUGUGAACCUUUCAUAUAAGAUACCUUUACAGAACAGAAAGACU